UUUCCACACAGCAGACGCCUCCAAAUAAAAGAAGGGUUUAAUAGGCGGCUAUUCCUUUCUGUCAGUGGCGACUGGCGAGUUUUCACAUUCUUGAAGUUUUUUAUUAGCGAUGAGGUGAAAGAAAGGUAACAAUGGAUACUGAGCUUCAACGGCCUCUUUCUUUCCGUUUAAACCGCAGAGGAGAUCGUAGUAAUCAAAGAUCAUGUGCUGAAGAUGAUGGGGGUGGUUUGUUCUCUUCGGUAAGGUUGCCACAAGAUAAUCCUAUGAAAACUGUGUGGAAGCAGGGCUUUUUUCGAUUGGUUUUAGUCGCAGCCAUUCUAUGGAUGUUGCUUAUUCUUAUUGUUUUACUAUUCCAUGUUUUGUCUUGCCAAUCUUUGUUAUCUUCCUUUUCAGCGAUUUGCAAGAAAGAGGGCAAGGUAAUCAUCUCAAAGGACUCGCUUGGAUUGACUCCAAAAGCAGAACAUCGUUGUCCAAUUCCAGUCGCUGAUGACCCUGAUAAAAUAGUUAUUCCAGAGGGAAAAACACCAAAUGUAAUUGUUAAAGAUUUAAUCUACAUUGAGGAGGAGAGUUUGGUUAACAACGGAUCUCAUUCCUUCCCAGUAUUUGGAGGUAACCAAAACUGGCAGCAAAGAGAAAAGAGUUUCAAAUUAAAGCCAAGUAUGAAGGUACCCUGCGGAUUUCUGCGAAAUGGCGGCGCUGACAUGAAUCCUUUGGAUAUUGAAUAUGUCAAGAAAUGUAGGUUUGUGGUUGCAUCUGGGAUUUUUGACGGAUACGAUGUACCUCACCAGCCAUCAAAUAUAAGCGCUCGUUCUAAGAAGCUCUUCUGUUUUUUUAUGGUUGUUGAUGAAGUAUCUCUAAAGUUUAUUAAAAAAAAUGUGACCAUCAGGAAAGAUAGAGAUAAGGGGAUGUGGGUAGGCAUAUGGCGUCUGAUCCCACUGAAGCAUCCCCCUUAUGAUGAGCCUAGAAGGAAUGGGAAGGUUCCCAAGAUUUUAACCCACAGGUUAUUCCCUGAAGCACAGUACAGCAUAUGGAUUGAUGGUAAAAUGGAGCUGAUAGUUGAUCCUUUGCUUAUGCUUGAAAGGUACCUAUGGCGUGAUAAGCAUACUUAUGCGAUAGCUCAGCACAAACAUCAUAGGAGCAUAUAUGAGGAGGCUGAUGCAAACAAGCGGAGAAAGCGUUAUGCCAGACCUCUUAUUGAUCUGCAGAUGAAGAUAUACUAUUAUGAAGGAAUGGAGCCAUGGAGUUCGAAGAAAAACACUAUCAGCGAUGUGCCCGAGGGAGCCAUAAUCAUAAGGGAACAUACUGCACUCAAUAAUUUGUUCAACUGCUUGUGGUUCAACGAGGUUAAUCUAUUCACACCAAGAGACCAGCUGAGCUUUGGCUACGUCGUUUACAGGUUAAGGGGCUUGUUUAAGUUCUUUAUGUUUCGGAAUUGUGAAUACUAUUCACUUUUUGUCUUGCACCCGCAUACUAGGGAGCAUUCUUCUAAAGUAGAGUGGGUUAAGAAUUUGAGCGAGUUUAAGGGAAGUGGUAGUAGCAUGAAAGAGAGUAGAGGAGGAUUCGGCUUGUGGACUCCAUAUCCAAAAAACCUUGAUUCGGUUACCCUCCCACCAGCGGUAAGAACAUCAAAAGCAGGCUGAGGCUUCUCAGUAGCUAUCUCGAAUUGUCUAUCGAGCUCGAAACUAUUUAUCGAAUGAUACCUUUUAUGGAUCCAUCACUGCUUAAGACUGAUGGCCUUGUAUAAAUGACUGUAUGAUAGA